UUAUUUAUUUUGUCACUUGUGCAUUAAUAAAUAACAACUCUGUUUCUUUUUUGUAUAUUUUUUCCAAUAUGGCGGCAUCGUAGAAUGACGAAUGUUUUGUGGCCAUUCGUCGUAUAGGGCUGUCGGAAUCGGUGUGUGUUUUAGAAAUACGUAGUUUUAUUUGUAAAAUUUCCAUAUAAAAAAGUUAUUAAAAAUUAUAAAACAUAUAAAUAAUUAAAGCUUGAAAUAUGCGUAAGCGUAAAUUGAAGAAAGAUUGUGAAAAUUUUCUCAUAUAAAUACAUUAAUUUGUCGUCAAAAAAUUUAAGGUGCAGACAUUAAAGAAAGGAAAAAAAAACUUGGAAAAAGAGCAGCCUAAAGAGUAAUUGACAAAAAUACAGAUUGUAAAGUAGUGAGUGAACGAGUCAGUGACUGAGCGAGUGAGUGAGUGGCAAAGAAGUGGUGUAGUGUAUAUUAUAAAAAAAAGUGGUGCGACCAUACAGCUACAAUUUAAUUAUAAUUUGUGAAUAUUUGUACAAUAAGAAAAUCGUAAUUACACUGGAGUUUGAAACAAAUUUACUUUAAAUAUUACUUCAGACAGGCCCAUCCCCCGUCAACAGAGCAGCAUUAUUAUUAAAUAAUAAAAGUAACAAUGUUUACUAUAAUAAUUUGUAUAAAUGAGUAAAUCUCAAAAUUGUUUAAUUUUUGAAUUUAAAAUUCAAUUGAAAUACGUUAGUUUGUUGAAAUAGAACUUUAUUUAGUUGGACUAAAAGAAUUAACAACUUGAAAUAGAAAGGAACAAAGUUCUAAAAUUCUCCUUCCCAAAAAAGAAAAACAAACUAACCAAGUAAAAUCUCUUCCAAUAAUAAGAGACAAAAAUAUAAAGAAAGCGGAACUAUCAAUUAUUUAUUGUAUUCAACAAAAACUAAAUUGUUGUUGUCAUUGUUGUUGCUUAAAUUCUAAGCUGUGUAAUAAAAACAUAAGAUUAGCAACAAUAACUACUUGACACGUGUGCCACAACAUAUUGGAACGCUAGACAACAACAAACAAACCGAUUCCCAAAACUACUAAAGUUAAAAAAUAAACUCCAGUGUUUUUCUGCAGCAUAUAAGCACACACUUAAACCUAAGAUAAAACCUUAAGUGGGGUUUUUUGUUUUAUAUAUUUUUUUCUUUGGAAAUUAGAAUAUUUUACAAAAGUAAUUGUGUAAAAUAACCGUAAAAAUAUAAACAUUAUCAAAAUGACUACCGAUACCCGCCGACGUGUUAAAUUGUAUGCUUUAAAUGCAGAACGUCAAUGGGAUGAUCGUGGCACGGGACAUGUGUCAUCGAAUUAUGUAGACAGACUUAAAGGUGGGUAUUUAAUUUUGAAAGCCCAAACGAUUUUACUUAAAAUAAUAUUUUUAAAUUCUAUUGUAGGCAUCUCUUUGUUAGUACGCGCUGAAUCAGAUGGUAGCUUACUUUUGGAAAGUAAAAUACAACCCGACACCGCUUAUCAAAAGCAACAGGAUACCUUAAUUGUUUGGUCUGAGGGUGAUAAUUUUGAUUUGGCCUUGAGUUUUCAGGAAAAGGCCGGUUGUGAUGAAAUAUGGGAAAAAAUUUGCCAGGUACAAGGUAAAGAUCCAUCCGUUGAAAUCACACAAGACAUUGUCGAAGAAUCCGAAGAUGAACGUUUCGAAGAUAUGUCAGAUACAGCACCACCAAUCGAAUUGCCUCCAUGUGAAUUGGCCCGCCUUGAAGACAUAUCGGAAGUCAUACAGAAUUGUUUGACCACACCGUUGCGCAAAGAAAAACUCUCGAUGGCAUUAGAAUCCGAAAAUUACAUAAAGAAAUUACUUAAUCUUUUUCAUGUAUGCGAGGAUCUUGACAAUACCGAGGGUUUACAUCAUCUCUUCGAAAUAUUCAAAAACAUAUUUCUAUUAAAUAAAAAUGCACUAUUCGAAAUAAUGUUUGCUGAAGAUACGAUUUUCGAUGUGGUGGGUUGUCUGGAGUAUGAUCCCAGUGUAACGCAACCGAAGAAACAUCGUCAGUAUUUAAAACAAUGGGCUAAAUUUCGCGAAGCAGUUCCGAUCAAGAAUCAAGAUCUACUAGCGAAAAUCCAUCAAACAUUUCGUGUGCAGUAUAUACAGGAUAUAAUAUUGCCCACGCCAUCGGUAUUCGUAGAGGAUAAUAUGUUAAAUACUUUAUCUAGUUUUAUAUUCUUUAAUAAAGUCGAAAUUGUCACUCUCAUCCAAGAGGAUGAACGUUUUCUGGUUGAUAUGUUUACCUUACUAACCGAUCCAAAUACCAGCGAUGCCAAGCGUCGUGAUAUUGUUCUAUUUCUAAAGGAGUUUUGUAAUUAUGCGCAAAAUCUGCAGCCCCAGGGUAAAGAUUCAUUCUACAAGACCCUAACGUGUCUGGGUAUUUUGCAAGCUUUGGAAAUAACAUUGGUGAUGAAUGAUCAGAAAACGAAGGCGGCCUCAAUUGAUAUACUAACGGCCAUUGUUGAAUUUUCGCCUUUAGUCGUACGCAAUUAUACACUACAACAAGUUAAUCGUACCGAAGGAGAUCGUAUGCUGUUAAAUAUUGCCAUUGAACAAAUGUUAAAUGAUUCCGAACCAGAAUUAGGUGUUGCUGUGCAAUUGAUGGGCAUUAUUAAGAUACUGUUAGAACCCGAAAAUAUGUUAACAGAAAAGGGUGAUUUCUUAAAUUUCUUCUAUAAACACAGUAUACAAACCUUGAUAGCACCUUUGUUGCUCAACACCAUCGAUGAUCGUCCACAAAAUGAAGAUUAUCAAACAGCACAAUUAUUGGGAAUUGUAUUAGAUAUUUUAUCAUUUUGUGUUGAACAUCAUACUUAUCAUAUUAAGAAUUUUAUAAUACAAAAAGAUCUCCUCAAGAGAAUUCUAGUACUCAUGAAGAGUUCUCAUACGUUCCUUGUUUUAGGCGCUUUAAGACUUUUAAGAAAAAUUGUUGCCCUCAAAGAUGAGUUUUAUAAUCGACACAUUGUUAAAGGUAAUCUAUUUGCUCCUGUUGUGGAUGCCUUUAUACGCAAUAAUGGCCGUUAUAAUCUACUCGAAUCAGCUAUAUUGGAAUUAUUUGAAUUUGUUAAACUGGAAGAUAUAAAAACGUUGUGUGUUUAUUUUGUUGAAACAUUUAGCAAAAUAUUUGAUGAAAUCGAAUAUGUGCAAACGUUUAAAUAUUUAAAAAAUCGUUACGAUCAAUAUCAAGAGCGAAUAAAAGAUCGUGAUAAGAUGGGUUUAGAUACUAGCAUUCCAAUUAUACGCGGUAAUCGUUUUCGGCGCGAUCAAAGGCAAAUGGAGGAAGAAGAAGAAAUGUGGUUUAACGAAGAAGAGGAUUUAGAAGAAAUUGAAACUUAUAAUAGCGUCAUGAAGUCCGUUACCGAAAAGAAUGGUUCUCAAACAUCUCAAUUGCAACAAAAAUCACCGCCACAAAAUGCACAACAGCAGCUGCAACAACACGGUACCAGUAGUAUGUUGGGCAACACAUCUGGUUCCAGUAAUCUAAACACAACAACAACGUCAUCCGCGAGUCUUUCACCCACAGGUGGCGGUGGUGGAAGUGAUUCCACAGGCGGCCUACAAACACCCUCCACCAGUAGCAGUAGUAGUAAUUGCAAUAGUAAUGAACAAACGUCCGCCGCUCAUUUGGGUGCUGCUGCCGCUGCAGCAGCUGCAAAUUUAGCACUGCACCAGCAUCAACAGCAACAGCAUCCAUUGCACAAUUAUCAACAACAGCAGCAAUUGAAUCUGAAUAGCACUUUGGUAGCGGCUGCAGCAGCAGCGGCAGCAGCCGGUGUGGCCUCGACCUCUACGGCUGCUCAUUUGGAAGCGCAACAACAGCAGCAACAAAGUGAUAUUGUUGAAUUGCAACAACAAUUGGCAGCUGUCGAGCAACAGCAAGAGUUGGCGUUAAGUGGAGGUGUUGUAGCAUCAACAUCGAAUGUGAAUGCGACGCAAACAACGGCAGGUCCUUCGACAAGUGCUUUGACAGAAUCAGCAGUUGCUGCAGCAGCUACGCAGCUUCUAUCAUCGAUGGCAUCAAGCGAGGCUGUGGCAGCGGUAGCAGCUGCUGCCGUUGCGGCCGUAGCAGCAAGUGUUUCGGGGGUAACAGCAAAUACAGCAGCGGUUGCAGCUGCAGAAGCAGCUAAACUUAACAGUAAUGAGAAUAAUAAAACAAAUACUAAUACAACUACUGCAACAGUAGAUGAAAAUAAAGAGGCAGAGCCAUCAUCCACAGCACAAACUGGGGAAAAUAUAUUAAAGAAGCUUGUUGAUUAUGGUAGUGAUUCGGGUGAUGAAUAUGAGUUGGAGGAUGAAGAUGACGAAGAGUCUCCACAUCAAAAGAAACCACGUUUGGCAUAGCAACUUUACCACCACCAACAGCAACACCCUCCAAAUCAAACACAAUAUCACCUACAACAUUCUACUCACCAACAACAACACCAACAUCAUCAUCAGCCCCAUCAGCAUUCACAUCACCAUCACCACCACCAUCAUUUGCAGCAUCAACAUCAUCACCAUCAAUUCCAACAUCAGCAAACGGUCGCCACAAAUGCUGCUGUAGCAGCAGCAGCGGCCGCUGCAGCUGAAACAAUUAUUAAAACAUUCGCAACCAUGUCGUCGUCUACAGCGGCGGUAGCGGUAACAGCUUCUUCAACGGCGUCUAUGUCGUCGUCAGCUUUGUUGUCAUCACCACCAACAUCGUCAUCAUCACCAUUAUUAUCACCCUCAUCGUCUUCAAACUCGGCUGCCGUUGUUAUGACGUCUUCAUCCAUUUACAAUAAUAAUAAUAAAAA